AACUGGGAAAUCAAAGCGGAGCAAACUCCACCUCGCAGUCUUGAACCACAAGCACAACCCCUGAAGAGAAACCCACCCCACAAAACUGAGUGAUCUCAAAGGCUUGAACUCCAACCAAGCUGCAUGAGCUCAGAGCUGCUGCAGGACUGAGAACCCCGGAGCUGUCACGGCCAGCUCCAGUUGUGGUGGGAGCUGGGAAUGCUGUUCUUGGGAAGUUUCAGGGUGAUGAAGUGGAGGCAGCUCUUCUGGAUCGCCCUCUGCGUGCUGGAGUUGGCUGGCAACACUGCUGGGAACCCGACAGGGACACCUGCACCCACAGUCACGGACAUGGCAGAGGAAGGCAACACCAGUGGGGCAACCACGGGAACCAUCGGAGCCACCGGGGCCACUGGAACCUCCAGCAGUGCCAAGCCCACACCAGACACAGCUGCUGCAGCCGGGUCCCUGACAGGCAUUCCCAGCUCCACAGGAUCCAGUGGGGAGCAGAUGAACCCCCAGACCAGCCAAGCCCCCCCAGUAGAACUGGGCACCUCCUUGGAGACACAGAACAUGAGCCAAAGUGUCCCCACGACCAAGAGCCCAGAGACACAGCCCAGUGAGGCAGCAGAGGCCUCGGGGUCCACAGUGGAUAUGAAGAGCUCUCCUGCCACCACGGAGCACCCUCCUGUCUCAGCUGCCACCCUGCCACCCCACACAGCCAGGGACAGCCCAAAGCCCUCCCCUCUUCCCAUCACAUGCCACAAUGUCAAGGAAGUGAGUGACACUGGAGCCAUCUGCCUGCAGCUCAACGAGUCCACCACUUGUAGACACUUUUUAGAGAGGAAGGGGUCGGAUCUGUGGAGAGCAGUGUGUCAAGAGAACGCCCACCCCGUUCCCUCCCCCUGCCAGGUCAAACUCGCCAAGUCUGAGGUGGACCACCACUGUCUGCUCCUCAUCCUCAGCGGAGAGAAAGAUCCCGCUCCACAUAUGCUCAAGGAGUCUCACUGGGAAAAGUUUGGAAUAAAAUCCCUGAAGUGGGACAGCGUGAGGAACCACCAGGACUUUUCUCAGAAGACCCUGAUUGCCUUGGUCACAUCUGGGCUCCUGCUGGCGUUCCUGGGCUUGGCUGGAUACUUCCUGAUGAGGCGGCGGAGCUGGAGCCCUGCGGGAGAGAGGCUGGCUGAAGACCCGUAUUACGCGGAGAACGGUAGCCAGGGCAACACGAUGCUGAUGACGCCCUCCCAGGAGCAGCCGGAGCCGCAGGAGAAGCCGAACCUCAACGGUGGCACCCAGGAGAACGGGACCGGCCAGGCGUCCUCCAAAAACGGGCACUCGGCCCGGCAGCACAGCCCUGCUGACACCGAGAUGUGACCCGGGCCGAGGCGGCCCUGAGUGAACUGCGAGGGCAGCAGAGAGGCAAGGGAGGGCAGGAGUUUGCCGUGGACGGUGGGGGGACUGCAGACCUUUUGUUAUCGUUGUUAUUGUUUCUGUGAAGGACUUCAAAAAUCAGCCUAGAGCACACUGAGAGCCAGAGCUGCCAAAGACCUGCUUCUCUGCCUCCUCCUCCCAUUGACCACACAAGAGACAUUUAUUUUUUUGCAGCUGUUCUCCGCUUUUGUUGUUAGGAGAACAUCAUGAGAAGUACAAGUGCCCUUAGCCCUCCACAGCUUUUUAGGCAGAGGCAGGCUGUGUCCAAACAGCCCAGAUUUCUGGUAGCAAUGUGUUAGGCUGAUGAAAGUAGUUAAAUUGGGAUUUCAGUGACAAAAACCUCUCAGGUUUCAGAUAGUUUGGGUUAAUGGAGUUGUUUAUAAUCUCAUCUUUAUGUUAAAGUGCAGGAUUUCUUCCUUUUUUAAGACCAUCAGGCAUUUAACCCCCUUCUUGUGUUCUAGGUCUCCUCUACUAUUUCCUGCUCCAGCAGAGCUCUGUGUAAAAUUUUCCAUGUGGAAUUGAAGGCUGAAAUGUCAA